GAGAUUGUCGGCGGAUGUUGAUGUUUUGCUCCAUAUUUCUGUGCCGUCUUUUCUCUUCUCGGCCGUGCGAUUUACGUUAUUGCCAAUAUUUGCUUAACUUGAGCGAAACACGGUCUUUCUCGGCGCUUCUUUCGGGAAGCAAAGAGGCCGAGUUGCGGGGCGAUGAUGGAGGACUUUGAUGAGAUUUAUGAGGAGGAGGAAGAGGAAGAAGAGGACGAGGACAGGGCCGCGGAGGAACAGCUGCUCAAAUACGCUCCGGACCCGGUGGUAGUGCGCGGAUCCGGGCACGUCACUGUGUUUGGACUGAGCAAUAAAUUUGAGUCUGAAUUUCCCUCAGCCCUUACAGGAAAGGUCGCACCCGAGGAGUUUAAAGCCAGCAUAAACCGUGUCAACAGCUGUGUGAGGAAGGCUCUCCCAGUGAACGUGCGCUGGCUGCUGUGUGGCUGUCUGUGCUGUUGCUGUACUCUGGGCUUUAGUCUGUGGCCGGUCAUCUGUCUGAGCAAGAGGACACGCAGAUCCAUAGAGAAGUUACUGGAGUGGGAAAACAGCAGAUUGUAUCACAAGUUGUGUUUGCAUUGGAGGCUCAGCAAAAGGAAGUGUGACACGAACAACAUGAUGGAAUAUGUAAUCCUAAUAGAGUUUCUACCCAAAAUUCCCAUCUUCAGGCCGGAUUAGCAGUGGCGGGCUACAGCUCAUCCCUCCGCCGUGGUCUUCCUGAGGUGCCUUUCUCCGGUACUGUCAUGGUCUUAUCAUGUGGCCUCAUCCUUUUUCCCUCCACUCUGAGCAAGAGACUCACCUCACAUCUGAGCGCCACUCACAGCACUCCUCACAAGAAAGCACUGUUUACGACCCACACACACAAACACACAUAUACUGUACGCAAAGACUGUUCUGGUUUCGCAAGUGCAUGAAUACACAAAGAGAGACCUUUACUGUCACAUGACUACACGGAGUCUGCAGAGGGGCCACGGGAAGUAACUUCUGAAGCUCCAAACUGGAACGUCUACUAUAUGUCAAUAAGAUCACAGAGACUGCACAGUGUGCACUAGCUAAGUGACUUUCUGUUUCCGACACUGUGGAACGGAUCAGUGCAGAAUGGCUUAAAGAAGUGACAACUGUAGAAUUAAACCCUUUUAUUGUAUUAAUUAAAAAAAGAUGGACGUUA